GGCGGGGCGAAGCUGCCCUUCCGCGGCCUCAGGCGGGUGUAAUCCAUACUGAAGGCCGCAGUCUUCUUCAAUCUUCAUCAGGAGGUUACAAACCACAUUGCGCCCAAAACUCCCAGUGUUUUCUUCGGACACAAACGACAUGAAUAUUCCUGUGCUGCUACAACACUCUUACCAGCAUCUCCUAAAAGGCCUUUUACGAACACCUUUCCGACGUUACCACUUCACCUUUCCCUCAAGUCCUUAUCUUGGAUCAGGAAUCUUGUGUACUCAGCCAUUUAGUUCUCUUGGAUUCCAUCAUACAAAGUGGUUGCUGCUGUCAAAUGGUGUAAAGAGAAAAUUAUGUGUACAAACAACCUUAAAGGAACACACAGAAGGACUUUCUGAUAAAGAACAAAGAUUUGUGGAUAAACUUUACACCGGUUUAAUCCAAGGACAAAGGGCCUGCUUAGCAGAGGCCAUAACGCUUAUAGAAUCAACUCACAACAGGAAAAAAGAGUUGGCCCAGGUGCUUCUUCAGAAAGUAUUAGCCUACCACAGAGAACAAGAACAAUUAAAUAAAGGGAAACCGUUAGCAUUUCGAGUGGGAUUAUCCGGGCCCCCUGGUGCUGGAAAAUCAACAUUUAUAGAAUAUUUUGGAAAAAUGCUUACUGAGAGAGGGCACAAAGUGUCUGUGCUAGCUGUGGAUCCUUCUUCUUGUACUAGUGGUGGAUCACUCUUAGGCGAUAAAACCCGAAUGACUGAGUUAUCAAGAGAUAUGAACGCGUACAUCAGGCCAUCUCCCACUAGAGGGACUUUAGGAGGUGUGACAAGGACUACAAAUGAAGCUAUUCUGUUGUGUGAAGGAGGGGGAUAUGACAUCAUUCUUAUUGAAACUGUGGGUGUGGGUCAAUCGGAGUUUGCUGUCGCUGACAUGGUUGACAUGUUUGUUUUACUACUACCGCCAGCAGGAGGAGAUGAAUUGCAGGGUAUCAAAAGGGGUAUCAUUGAGAUGGCAGAUCUGGUUGCUGUAACUAAAUCCGAUGGGGACUUGAUUGUACCAGCUCGAAGGAUACAAGCAGAAUACGUGAGUGCCCUGAAGUUACUCCGCAAACGUUCCAAAGUCUGGAGACCAAAGGUAAUUCGCAUUUCUUCCAGAAGCGGAGAGGGUGUCACUGAAAUGUGGGAUAAAAUGAAAGAAUUCCAGGACCUAAUGCUUGCCAGCGGGGAGCUGACUGCCAGGCGACAGAAGCAGCAGAAGGUCUGGAUGUGGAACCUCAUCCAGGAAAGUGUGCUAGAUCAUUUCAGGACCCAUCCCAUGGUGCGGGAACAGAUUCCGCUUCUGGAAGGGAGGGUCCUCAGUGGGGCCCUGUCUCCCGGACUUGCAGCCGACUUGUUGUUGAAAGCUUUUAAAGACAGAGACUAAUGCAAUUAUUCUGUACAGUAAAUUGACAUGAGUUUCAUAAAUUAUGUUAAUAUUAAAAAUCACUUAUAAUGCUUAUACUUUCAUUCAUUCUUUCGUAGUGCCCUUGGCUUCUUUAUUUGUGAAUGGCACUUGAAAACCUGAAGGAGGUUGACAAAGAUUAGGCAGUCAGGCAAUAUUUAUAAAGUACUGUUGUAUGUUACUGUCUUAGUCACCUAGUGCUGCUAUAACAGAAAUGCUACAAGUGGAUGGCUUUAACAAAGAGAAAUUCCUCAUAGUAAAGUAGGCUAAAAGUCCAAAUUCAAGGCGUCAGCUCCAAGGGAAAAGGCUUUCUCUCUCUGUCGGCUCUGGAAGAAGGUCCUUGUCCUUAGUCUUCCCAUGGUCAGGAGCUUCUCAGGCUCAGGGAUCCAGGGUCCAAACGACACACUCUGCUCCUGGUGCUGCUUUCUUGGUGGUAUGAGAUCCACCACUCUCUGCUGGCUUCCCUUUCCUUUUAUCUCUUGAGAGAUAAAAGGUGGUGCAGGCCACACCCCAGAGAAACUCCCUUUACCUAGGAUCAGGGAGGUGACUUGAGUAAGGGUGGUGUUACAAUCCUACCCUAAUUCUCUUAACAUAAAAUUACAAUCACAAAAUGGAGGACAACCACACAUGGCCUAACCAAGUUGAUACACACAUUUUGGGGGGGGCGGAUAAUUCAAUCCAUGACAUUACUGAUUUUAUUUCUUUCUCUUAUGCCGUGGUGUGGUGGCCUGUAGGAUCAUUUCCUCUCAUGCGUCAGGAGCAGAGAGAGCUGAGGAGGAUAGGAAGAUCACACACCUAAAAUGCUUUCUUUGAUUCUGUAUUCUCUGAGAUUUCAGAGAAAAUGUAAGCAAGAGUGACCACAUUUUUGAUGUCUUACUUGAGGCCAGAAUGAUACACAGUGGGCUUCUAAGGGCUUAAAAUCAUGAUUGGCAUUUAGCGUACUAGACUAUUCUAGCAGUUUCUGAAAUGGCCAUGUACAUGCAUAACAAAACAGCUGGAAUGAUGCAGUGAUGUGAACAUGACUUUAAAGUCUACUUAUCUGGACUUGAGGACCCCCCCUCCCCAAGAUAAGUAGCAGAUCUAAAAGGGAACUGGGGAAAUCAGCAGCAAAUCACAUGGAUCCACUAAUCUCCAAGAGUGGGAGUAAACCCCCAAGAGACCCAAGUGAGACUGGCAUGAUUCAAGGGUUAUCAAGUUUGAAGAUUAUCAAAGGCUUUUGCCUCUUUUCUCCUUGGCUGUUUUACUUCAUGGUAGCACCUUAAAAGUCUACUUUAUUCUUGGUGGUGAAAAGUAAGUGUUGUCCUACAGAGGCAGCAUGGCAAAGUGAUUAAGAACUUGAGCUCUGGAGUUGGACUGAUUGGGGUUUAAACUUUAAACCCAGAUCAGUUGCCCGUUAGCUGUGUAAGCUUGGACAAGUAACCUAACCUCUGUAAGCUUCAGUUUCCUGUCCAGUAAAAUGGAAUUGAUUAACUUCAAAGGGUUAAUGAAGAUUAAAUAACUCAGGAAAAUCACUUAGUCAUUGUUAAGAAUUGAACUGUGUCCCCCCAAAAUAUGUGUUGAAAUCCUAACCCCUGUAUCUGUAAAUAUGACCCUGUUUGGAACUAGGAGGUUUGUUAUGUUAAUGAGAUCAUACCAGAGUAAGGUAGAUUUUAUAUCUAAUCACUUCUAGUUAUAAAAAGAUCAGAAACACACACAGGGGAAAGACAGACACCAUGUGAGGAUUGUCUACAAGCCACCAAGGAACACCUGGGGCUAUUGACAAGGAAGGAAUCUGCACAUUUGAAACCUUGUUGGACUUUUAGCCUCCAGAACUGUGAGAAAAUAAAUUUCUGUUCUUUAGCUGCUACUCUCGGUAUUUGUAUUACAGCAGCACUAGGCGACUAAGAGCUCAUGCUGGUCCCUAGGUGUCAUAGAUUGACUCGCGUACCGCAAAUACACACGUCGGCUUGGCUAGGCCAUGAUUCCCAGUAUCAUGUGGCUGUCCACCAUUCUGUGAUCUGAUGUGAUAUCCUAUGUGUUAUAAAUCCUAAACUCUAUGAUGUUGAUGAGGCAGGACUGUUAAUGAGGCAGCACUCAAUCUACAGGAUUAGGUUGUAUCUUGAGCCAGUCUCUUUUGAGAUAUAAAAUAGAAGCGAGCAGAGAGGAAAGGACCUCAUCACCACCAAGCAAGAAGAACCAGGAGCAGUGUGUCCUUUGGACCUGGGGUCCUUGCACUGAGAAACUCCUAGACCAGGAGAAGAUUUAUGACAAGGACCUUCACCCGGAACUGACAGAGAGAGAAAGACUUCCCCUGGAGCUGGUGCCUGAACUGUGAGAGAAUAAGAUUAUUAAACCCAUCCACUUGUUGUAUUUCUGCUAUAGCAGCACUAAGUAACUAAGACAAUAGGAAAUACUCAAAGGCUGUUUGCUAUUAUUAUUACUAUGUUACAGUUAUGAAUACCUGAAGCUUCACAAAACUUGAGUGUAAUUUCAGUUUUCUCCCUUGAUCUUAUUACUAACAUCAUGCUCUUGUGGUAUUUUAGGAUUGCUUUUAAACACAUGGUCUAGUUAAUUCUUUGAAUGUAUUUUAUACUGUUUUGGUUUGUUUUGUUUUUUUAAUGGUAGUUAUAACUAAAUAUAUAAUAUAUGACUAUAUAUGGAGCCCUGGUGGUUCAGUGGUUAAGAGCUAUGGCUGCUAAUCAAAAGGUUGGCAGUUGGAAUCCACCAGCUGUUCCUUGGAAACCCUACUGGGCAGUUAUGAGUUGGAAUCAACUCGAUGGCAGCAAGUUUGGGUUUUUUUUAAAUAAUGAUAUAUGUUUCAAUAAGAGGAUUUCUAACCAUGAAAUUUCUCCAUUGUACAAAAUGUCUUCCCAGAAAUUUCAAACAUAUUCCAUUCUGAACCCUUUAGAAUAUUUUACACAGUAUCUCAGCUUUCAUUAUUACUUGCCCUACUAUCUGGAAUCAAUUUCCUUGAGUAUUAUUUUAACAAAUAUUCCUUUACGGUUUUUAAAAGAACUUUGUGGUAUUGGCAUACCUGUAUCAUAUAUGGGAGCCCUGAUGGCAUAAUGGUUAAGAGCUCGGCUGCUAACCCAAAGAGUGGCAGUUCAAAUCCCCAGGUGCUCCUUGGAAACCCUAUGGGGCAGUUCUGCUCUGUCCUAUAGGGUCACUGUGAGUAGUUGGAAUCUAGCAAUAACAACAGCAUAUCACAUAUGAGGGUUAGGAGAAACUUUGAAACGUUAUCCAGUCAAUUCUCCCAAUUUCAGAAAGAACUACUCUCUUAGUCUAGGUUCUCUAGGGAAGCAAAACCAGUGAAAUGUAUAUAAAAAUAUAUAGAAGGAUUUAUUUCAAGAAAAUGACUCACACAACUCUGAGGAAAUAGUUCACACAAUUGUGGAGGCUGGCAAGCUCCAAAUCUGUAGGUCAAGCAGCAGGCUGGAGACCACUGCUGGCUCAGGGUUGUAGGGGCUGGAGAAUCCAAAACCUGCAGGUCAGGAGGCAGGCUAGAGGCCUCUGCAGGCUUACGUCCCAAGAACUGAAGGUCAGGUGAUGAGAAGAGUGCAGGGUUGAGAGAGUGAGCUUUGUUAGACCAUUUACAUACUGGUGGCAGGCCACACCCCCAGAGAAACUCCCCUUUCGAUCCAUUGGCGGAUCACAUCACUGAAGGUGUACUACAUUGUGGAAGAGUAUCCAGUCCAGUAUCUGCAAAAUCACUGAGAAUCAUAGCCUAGCCAGUUGACACAUGACAUUAACCAUCACGACCACCAUUAUACUACCCUAUCACACAGGAAAUGGAUUUUCAAAACCUUCCAGAGAAGGAAUCUCAUAAUUUUCCUCAGUAAACUGUUACAGGGAAUACAGACCUUUUGCCAUUAUGCUACAACGUUAAGUGGCCAGGACUAUAUACACACUGCAUUGUAAAGAAGGUAUAGAAAGCAUGACUUUUGUUAGCCCAAAAUUUAGCUGUGCGUUUCUUCUUAGUUUGAAGCUGCUUUUAUGUGUUAUAAAUACAGUCAUAAAAAGCAUUAGAAAACCCCCUUGUCCUCUUUAUUGUUGUUUUUGUACCAUUGGCUAUGAUGUACAGACCAAUUUCUAAGAUAUUUUUUGCCUUUAUUUCUAUUAUUUGUAAUACCAGAGGCAGUAUAUGUAGGCCUUUUUUUUUUUUAAUUCAUGCUCUCUUUUGUUAAAUUAAAAAAUGCCAUUCCCUUUCCCCCAUCUGAGAUUCUGCUGUUCUGGACCCCUAACCUGGUUAAAAGCAUAGGUUUUGGGUCGCAUGGAGGGUCAAACCCCAGCUCUAACAUUAACCAGCGGUACGAUUUGGGACAAGUUAUUUCUCCUGUGUAUGUGCUAGUUUCCUUAUCUGUAAAAUAAGGUAAAAUAGCUACCUUAUAGCUUACUGGGAGAAUUAAAUAAGAAAUUGUAAAGUACUUACUGCUCAAUAGUUGGUAGAUGUCGUUAUAUUACACAUAGACUCUUAUGACAGUUCUUCCUUCUACCAGACAUACUAGCAUCACUUAAUUUCAGAUUAGUCAAGUUACUUAAUCUCCCUGUGCCUCAGUUUCUCACUGUAAAAUGGUGCAAUAGUGUCCACCCAGAGUUGUUGAGAAGACCAUCUUAUACACAUAUAGUGCCUGGCAUACAAUAAGUACUAUAUGAGUAUUUGUUUAAUAAUAACUAGCUCCUAUUUCACAGGAUUGUUGUGAGAAUUAAAUGAGUUACAGUCUCCAUCUUACAAGGAUAAUUCUUCCCUGAAAGAAUUCUUAUAGGGAGAAUUCUCCUUAGUCAAAAUCAUAAUUACCAUUAAUUUCUGUAGGUAGAAAAUAUAUACUGUGUGCCAGAGCUCCAAAACUGACACAUAUUUAUGCUAAAACAAUACCAAAUCUCAUUAAAAUAAGUAGUUACUUCAAUAGUUAACAUUAGCAAUCACAGUGCAACCCACCAAGGCAUUUUCUCUGCAUUUAUCACUCUAUAAUAUGGCUGUUUACCUGCUUUCCCCGAGCACUUUUAGCUAUUACCCAGCAUACACUGAAGACAACAGCUAAUGCACAGAAUAUAGCUGUGAUACUCAACGUUUAUAUAAUUCAACCUCUAAUACAAAAACAGGGAAAAUCAACUCAAACAUUACACUCACCAGUGGAUUGCCACCAGAGAAGUCAUGUUACUACUCCUAAAAACCAGUUAACUUCAAGGACUCCAAAAGAAGAAGCAACUCACGUGAUCUACACAUUUGUGCAGAUGGUGGAGUUCUGUUUUUCCUAAGACCUGAGAAACUGUAUGGGUUUUCAUAAAGUCAAACUUUAUGAAACUCCUCAUAAAGUUGAAUUUUCAUAACCUAAGUGGGCAUAUCUCCAGAUACCACUGGAAUUCAUGUAGCAUGUUAGAAUCAUCACUGGCACCAAUACGCACUAGAUGUUAGCAUGGUCAUUCAGGUAACAAAAUGAUGAGCAAGUCAAACUUUUCCUUGAAAAAGAACAAUCAGAAACAGACUACUAUAUUUUCACGCAAAUAACAUUCACCAUCUGCGUUUGUUUACCAGCUGCUUCCUCCCCACACCACGAGAUAUUUUCAUAAGCACGGCUAUGCCAAUUUUUUUACGUGUUGCUGUAAAAAAUUAGCAUGCUUAUGAAAAUACCUCAUGGGAGGAGGGAGUGGUUGGCAAACAAAUGUAAAAGGUCCGUGUUAUUUGUGUAAAAAUACAGUAACCUACUUGGGUUUUUUCUUUUUUCCACUGUAGUACUUUGGUUAGUUAGUUAUUAAAUUCAUGGACUUUACAUUUUUUUAUCCCACUUCAAGUGAGUACUUGGU